AUGUAUAUGGGUAAAGGCCAUAUUGCUUAUUUUAUCUCAGCCGACAGUUGGAUGUCUGAAACUAAUAAAGACUUAGUAAGUCAUAAUCGCUUCCGAGUUGAAGAUUUCUUAGGAAGUAAUCCUAAAUUAGGUGAAGUAGUAGUGUUCAUCCGAAACAAUAUGUAUAUUUUUGCUUUGAUUGUGAGGAAUAAGCAUGAUGUUCAACUUUUCUUGAAUCAGAUAUCUAGUGCAAUUAUUGUAUUAAAAAAUGCAAUGAAUACUCUUAACGUCAAGAGCGUGAAGAUUUCAAAGAAGGGAAACGAUCUGGAUCAGAUAUCUUGGCUCUCGAUUGAGCAAACGUUUCGGCAGCAUUUUUUCGGGUCUGAAUUAUUAGUUGUCAUCUGCUCCGGUGAAAUAAUUAUUCCACCACGUUAUGAAAGAGAUGACAUAAUCAGAGAAUUUCACGAGUCUACUGUAGGUGGACAUAAAGGUUCCUCAAAAUGUUAUUGGAUGCUUAGAUCUCAAUAUUAUUGGGAUAAUAUGAAGGAAGACGUUAGAAGAAUCGUUGGUUCAUGUAAAAAUUGUUUGAGAAAUAAAUUGGUUAGAAGGAAAACUCGUCAACUAAUGUUGAUAACUGACACUCCCAAAGAACCAUUUGAAAAGAUUCAAAUUAACCUUGUAGUACCUCCUCCAGUUACUUCUAAGGAUAAUACACAUAUUCUUACGAAUCAGUGA